AUGUUCGUUUUACUGAUUCUUCUUUGUUGUCCGUUGGUUAUCUCUUCGACGACAUUACCCUAUGCGGAAUGGGCUCAUUAUCAUAUGAUUUGGUUAUCAUCGGACCGUUCAAAUCAAACGAAUAUUCAAACAAUGUACGAUACUUACAAUCGCUAUCAAAUUCCGUUUGGUGCAGUUAAUAUUGAUUCACAUUGGUCGACAAAUUUCAAUACAUUUGUAUUUGAUCGAAAGAAAUUUCCAUCCAUACGUCAAAUGCUCGACGAAUUUCGAGCAAAAAACACUCACAUUAUCUUGUGGAUGACUUCAUUCAUUAACAUUGAUUCACCGAAUUAUUCCUACGCGCAAGAGCAUGGAUUUUUGUUCAACAAAACACUUCAUUGGUGGCACGGUAAUGGACGUUUGUUGAAUUACUUUAAUCCUCAAGCUGUAGAUUGGUGGCAUAGUCAAAUCAAAAUACUAGUAGAUACGGUUGGACCCAUCCAUGCAUUCAAAGCUGAUGGUAGCGAUCCAUAUAUCAUUCAAGUGAACGAUUCGAGUGUGACGUGGAAACAGUAUCGAACUGCGUAUUAUAAUGAUACAUUUCAAAUUCUACGACAAUUAAUCGGUCCUGAAGCGUUAAUCAUGUCGCGUCCGAUUGAUCAUGACGAAGAAUUUUCUCCGAAAGAUGUUGUUUUUAUGGGUUGGGUGGGUGAUGAAGAUGCUACUUAUGAGGGAUUACAAACAGCACUUCGUUAUAUGCUCGAAAGUGGUCGUAAGAAUUACGUUGGAUUUGGUUCUGAUAUCGGUGGCUAUCGUUUUGAUAAUAGUUCUGGUCCAUUGGGUCGAACAAAACAAGUUUUUCUCCGUUGGACAGCUGUUGGUGCGCUAAGUUCAUUUAUGGAAAAUGGUGGCACAGGAGAACAUCGUCCUUGGAAUUUCGAUAAUGAAACAGUAGAUAUUUAUCGCUCGUGGGUGAAUAUUCACUAUCAAUUGAUACCUUAUCUCUAUUCUCAAGGUACAAUAGUAACGAUCGGCCGAAACGGUACAUUGAUGAAGCCAUGCGAUGAUACUCAAGCAGGAUCGUCUCAAUCCUAUUUUCUCGGACCAAAUAUCUACGUUGUACCGGUUACGCGAGACCCGUCUCCUGGUCAAGUUCAACGUGUAUGGUUGCCAAAAAGUUCAACAAACCAAUGGAUAAAUUACUUCAAUACAUCAAAGACAUAUUCAUCGGAAACUUUUAUUGAGGAAGAUACCAGCAGUUUGUACCGUAUACCAGUGUAUAUCGAACAGAAUUCACUUAUUCCAAUGUAUGAUAUGAGACAAAGUUCGUCGUUAAAUGCGUAUCGGUUCGUUCUGUGGGGUGAAGCUAGUGUUCAUCAACAAAGUGCAACAUUAUUUACCCGAGAUGGGCAGCAAUGGUUGUUAAAAUUGGAUUAUCGCAAUAGAAAAUUUAUCGUUCAAUUUAUUAAGCAAUAUGAAUCAAUUACAAAGGAAGAGUGGAUAUGGAAGUUCUGCCAAUAUGUGAAUGAACAAGACUUUUGCUCACAAGACUGGAUGAGGCUUUAUGAUAAUGCAUCAGUUGAACUUGAUUUUUUGAUUUAA